AUGUUUCAAUUCUUUUUUACCGAUUCAAGUACCGGGUUGCGUGGCACGAACAGUUUGGGCUUUUAUUUACUAUCUUGUUAUCGGCAAGAUGAAAAUUUGCUUCGAUAUAUGAAACGUUGGCACGGCAAAAUGUUCUUGGUUCAACUUCAAGCAAUUUUCAGCGCUAUUUUGGCAUAUAAGCGAAAGGCACGCUGUGUUCAAGUUUUAAAACAUCAUGGAGCUCUAAGUGUUGCACGAACUCGUGACGACGAAAUAGAGCUAGCUGGAAAAUAA